AUGUACACCCAACCAAUUCCUCACGACUGGCAUGGACAAUACCCACUCACGGACCUCUCAAGAUGGAAACUAGAAGACUUUGAAGACGGCCUCGGUGAUCAUAAUUGGACUUAUGUUCCAAAGGGCCAAAAAGGGUACAAGCAGCGGCUCCUCGAAAAGUAUUGGAUAGGAGAGAAAUACCAAGCUCCUAAGCUUCCUAAAGCGCGGACUCCGUUGGACGCCGCGAAGAAUGGCUACACCUUUUACAAGAACCUGCAAGCUCCAGACGGACACUGGCCUGGGGAAUACAGUGGACCGCACUUCCUCCUCCCUGGUUAUGUGAUUGGAUCAUAUGUGACCAAGGCCCCCAUUAAAGAGGAAGAGCGUGUCGAAAUGAUCCGCUGGCUCUUCAACUACGCUCACAAGGAUGACGGUGGAUGGGGAAUUCACGUCGAAGGCAAGAGUACAGUCUUUGGCACUGCCCUCAACUAUGUUACACUACGUCUGCUAGGCGUAGACGCAGAGCACCCAGUAAUGGUCAGAGCACGUGCUACGCUCCAUAAGCUUGGCGGCGCACGCGGGGUACCUGCCUGGGGCAAGUUUUGGUUGUCUAUUCUCAACGUAUACGAUUGGGAAGGAAAUAAUCCGAUCCCCCCUGAGCUCUGGCUUCUUCCCGAAUGGCUCUUCGUCCAUCCACAUCGGUGGUGGAUACACACAAGGAAUGUCUACAUUCCCAUGUCCUUCCUGUUUGGAGUGCGAUACAAGGCAGAAGAGAAUGACCUCAUCCUAUCACUUAGACAGGAACUCUAUACCGAAAACUAUUAUUCUAUAGACUGGCCGGCUCAGCGAAAUCAUAUCGCCCCAGGAGACAUUUAUGCCCUCACACCUUUGCACUGA